AUGGAGGAUAAUAAAGAAAAAACUCCAGAAGAAAAAAAAGAAACCGAAGAAAAAAUACUAUUAAUCGAUAGUAUCAAAAACACUAUUAACAAAAAAACUGAAAAAAUUAAUGAACUCAAAGCUGAAAACAAAGAACUCAAAAAUCAAAUCAAAAGACUUCAAGAAGAGACCAAAAAAUUACAAACAAAUAAUUUCUUAAAAAAUAUCUU